UUAUCGGUCACUUCCGGCAAGAAGUGGGUCACGUGGUACAUACACAAACUUACGGCCAUAUUGGUUUUGUGCUUCGUGUUCAGGCUGGUGAAAAAGUAUUUUAACAGAUAGAUUGUAGUAGAAUGGCAGACACACUGAAAUUUGGUCCAGAGUGGCUUCGUGCCUUGUCAGAUGGAAACAAUGUGGGGACGCCUCCCCCUUCCCCAGGGUUUGGGAAGUAUAAACUGGCAGAGCAUCGGUACGGUAGAGAAGAGAUGCUGGCCUUGUUUAAUCCAGACAUAGACCCUCCUGAAGAACUCAAAAAACUAACCCCAGUAUAUGUUGAGAAAAAACAAGAACCUCUUGCUCUAGUCCCAUUAUCUGAAGAAGAACAGAGGAUAUUAUCCCAGUCUGUAAAUAGCGUAGCAGUAUUAAGAAUGUUUGGGCGAGGUGGACCUCCUGGGAUACGAGGUGCCAGAGGGGGAGGACCAGAUAGGGGGAGGGGCAGAGGGAGAGGUAGAGGAGAUUACAUGCAGAGGGGAAUGUCCUAUGAGGAGACAGGCGGGGGAUUUGGUCGCCCUCCCCCACUCAACAGAAAUGAUGGAUGGGAAGAAGUUGGUGCAAAAAGAAAUUACAACACAGCUAGAUAUGAUGAUGGAUCCAGUGGUCCUCCUAAACGUGAAUUUAACCGUUCCUUGAGCAGUGAGAACUGGAGAGACAGGGGAGGUAAUGAGGAGGAAGAGGAUGAGGGAGACUGGAGGAGAGCGGGAGGAUCCAAGUGGAAUACAAGGGGGAGUUGGAGAGACCCGUCAACAAGAGGGGGGUUUGACCCUGACAGGAGACAAAAUGGAAUACACAGGGGAGGAUUUGAUAGGGGAGGGCGAACAUAUCAGCGGUCACGGACCAGUGAAUCCUGGGACGACGAUGAAAUUUUACCCGAGUGGAGCAUGCCUGAUUCAGAUGACGUGGAAGAAGUUGGAACUUUUGAUUCAAGUGGAGCAUUUGUCUCGACAAAGCCUGAAGAUUUAAACAAUAAAGACAAUCAACAAAAGGAAGCAACUGCUAAAUCUCCCCCAUCGGACACAAAAGAUUCAGGUAAAGUGGAGUCCAAACAGCAUUCAAAGGAAGAGCCCUCUAAACCCUCAGACAAAACAGAGGAGAAAGUGCCUCCCAAAAAACAGGACAAGGUGACGGAAAAUAAAACUGUGAUAUCUAACACUAAUCCACAACACAACAAAAAAGCUGAAAAACCAAAGAAAGAGGAACUAAAAAAGGAGGACAAAUCUGAACAAAAAAAUAGUGCUCAAAAUUCUGGUGAUGAUAACAAAAAACAAAGUGCUACGCUUGCUGCGGGUUCUGUACAAAGUGCCAAAACAGAUACAAAGAGGGAGGAAAAGGAAAGGGACCAGCAACCAGCACCAAAAAAGAAGGGGGUUACUGUGUCUGAGGUAGAGAGGGAGGCACUGGAUAGACUGCAGGACACCGCCGAAAAUAUGGUUCUAUCGGCAAUGACUGCUGAGGAAGAAGAAAAAGAGAUAAAGAGCAGUCCAGUCCCCCCUACUGUGCCUCAAUCCACUCCCAGCAUGCCCCAGAUCUCCCCCAGUAUAGCAGUACCAAUGGACCAUGAAAACGCACAGAAAUGGUUUUACAGGGACCCCCAGGGAGAUACACAAGGUCCAUUUACAUCCAAUGAAAUGGCUGAGUGGUUCAGUGCGGGCUACUUCACCAUGGAUCUCUUUGUCAGAAGGGGCUGUGAUGACAAAUUUUCUGCUUUAGGUGAACUGAUUAAACGCUGGGGACGUGUCCCAUUUUUACCUGGGCCAGCUGCUCCACCAUUAUUGAAUGCACCCCCUGCAAGUCAGCCCAGUCUAGAACAGUUACACUUACAACAACAACAGGAGCAACUUAAGGCUCUACAUGCUCAGUAUCUCCUCCAGCAACAAGUCAUGCAACAGCAACUGCUAAGACAAUUCCAGAUGCAGCAGAUUCAGCAGAUCAUGCAGCACGUACAGGAGAACAGUCAGUAUAAGAACCUGUCCCCCGCCCAACAGAAACAGAUCGCCAUGCAGCUGAUGAUGAAACAGACCUCCCCCGUCAUGUUACCAAUGCAGCCCAAACUAUCUCCAAGAUCCCCACCCACAGAGGCAGCAGCUGAUCAUCCACCCACCUCAUCUAGUCACCCCUCAUUUCACCGCUCCAUGUCUCAACCCAGUGAUUUACCGGUAGAGGAGGGCUCAAUCUGGGGCGGCGUCCAGCCCCCCGUACCCACAGGUGCAAAUCCUAAUAGUGUGUGGGAUGUAAAUCCACACUCAAGGUCAACUCCAGAUUUAGAGCAAGAAAGAGUGAGAAGGGAAAAAGAGGAGGAGUUAAUGAGAAAGAAACGAGAAGAGGAAGUGAAGCGUGAACAGGAGUACUUAAAGAAGCAGGAAGAACUACUGAAACAACAGCUGGAAAUCCAGAGAGAGAAAGAGGAGAUGGAGAGAAAGAGAGAAGAGCUGAAGCUACUAGAAUUACAGAAGAUUGAAGAAGCUCGGAGAAAAGAGGAGGAGACAAGGAGGAGACAGGAAGAAGAAGAAAGACUUAAAAAACAAAGAGAUGAAGAACUGAGGAAACUGGAGGAGCUCAGGAAGAAAGACGAGGAAAUGAGACAAAGAGAGAUGAAGAGACAAGAAGAACUGAAGCGACAGGAAGAACUGAAGAGACAAGAGGAAUUACAAAGACAACAGCAGGAGAUGUUCCGACAACAAGAACAGAAGAAACGAGAGCUGGAGGAGCUGGAGAAACAGAAACAACUGGAGUUACAACGACGACAGGAACAACAAAGACAACAACAGGAGGCCCUGAAAAAACUCCAGCAAGAACAACUGGCCAAUAUCCAGCUGCCCUCUCAUGCACAGUGGGGAAGCCAACCAGCAACACAGUCCCCCCAGAAAACAAAGUCUCUGUUAGAGAUACAGAAACAGGAAGAGAUUGAUCGAAGGGAGAAAGAGGAGCUUCAAAGAAAAUUGGAGAAUGAGAGACAACAGAUGAUGGCCUUACAGCAACAACAACAACAACAGAAAUCAUGGUCCAGUCAAAUAUGCCAUUUUAUUUGCAGAUUUCCUAGCCAGCAACAAAGCAUGAAGACAUUACUUGAAAUUCAGGAAGAACAGAGGAAAUUAGAAGAAGAAAAACAACAAAAACAGCAACAAAGCCAGGCCAAGCAAAACCUAAGCCUGGGUGCAGCGAGUGCCUGGGGAGGGGGUCUCAUCUCCUCCUCCCACUGGGCCAGUGAGGGGGCAUGGGGGAAUGCCGCCCGUCAGUCAUCUACUGCUAACAGCAGUGCCAGUAAUGGAGCCGGGUCUCUUGGAUUCUGGGAUGAUGCCAUUAUAUCCUCAAAACGAGCUACUAAACCAAGUAAUCAGGGAGGAGUGACUACUGAGUUUCCCACCUUAAAGGGACAGCCUCAGCAGAAAGCCCCACCCACAGCACAAUCUAACAAAGGAAAGCCCUCAAAACGAGGCAAAGAAGAGGAGGCAGUCCAGAGAUUAUAUCAAGAUGCAACAGAUAAAAAUUUCUCUCAGUGGUGUGACAAGGCACUGAAGGCCCUCAAUACAUCAGUAGACAUUCCUACUUUUGUGGCAUUUUUAAAGGAAGUGGAAUCCCCAUAUGAAGUCCAUGACUAUGUCCGAGUGUAUGUUGGGGAGUCCAAAGGUGCACAAGAUUUUGCCAAACAGUUUCUGGAGAAACGAAGCCAAAGUCGAAACAGAGCUAGACAACCAGUUGAGGACAGUAUUUGGGGUCCAGCCCCAGCCAGAGAUUUUCGUCAGUCCGGCGGGAAUCAGAACAACGACUCCGAUACACAGAAAGCCAAGGGAAAGAAGAAGAAGAAGAUGCAGAAAAUUGACAGCAGUAUUCUGGGAUUUACGUGUGCCGCCGACCCAGAUCGCAUCAACGUCGGGGAAAUCGAUGCUGACGGCACACCAAAAUGAGAUGGAUUUUAUCAGGAAAACAGAGGAAAAUUUUAUAACAGAAAUUGUGAAUAAUGAUUUGGUGACAACAAUUUCUUUAUUAUGUGUGAGAACCUGGUGGUAGUUUUACUAUUGGCUUUCUAUACCCUGUAUGUACGGACGUACGGGAAGUGAUCGGGGCCCAGAAGUGAGCAGUCAGCCCCGGACACGAUGACCCAGCCACUGGUUACAGCUCUCACAGAAAUAUAUUGUUUUAGCAUAUCACAACUGACAAACUGUCUCCUGUUCUACCAGCCUAGGUUUUAAAAUCUUUCUGUCUUAAUAUGCCAAAACAUGACUUUUUAGAUUUUUUUUUCUUAUGCUUUUGAAAACUGUACUUU